UAUCGCUUAUUGCAUGUGUGUUUGGUUCUCAGACCAUCGGCUCUCUCCAUAAUCAGUCUCCACCGUCAGUCUCUCUUCUCCGCCAUUCCAUUUUCCGUCGUCGGUCUCUUGUUUGAUCUCCCUCACACAAAACUAGUCUCCACUUUUUCGUCUUCAAGUCAUUCACGCGUUGCAUGCCCCUUGCCUUGGGUCAGAUAAAGAUUGGAUUGAAUUAUGACAUCUUUUGUAAAGCCAGAGAAUGCCUUAAAACGAGCUGAAGAGCUGAUAAAUGUUGGCCAGAAGCAAGAUGCUUUGCAAGCUCUUCAUGAUCUUAUAACUUCAAAGAGAUAUCGAGCAUGGCAGAAACCUCUUGAGAAGAUUAUGUUCAAGUAUGUUGAACUCUGUGUGGAUAUGAGGAAAGGAAGGUUUGCUAAGGAUGGUUUAAUUCAAUACCGUAUUGUUUGUCAGCAAGUCAAUGUUACUUCUUUAGAGGAAGUAAUUAAGCACUUUAUGCAUCUUUCUACUGAGAAGGCAGAGCAAGCUCGUAGUCAAGCUCAAGCCUUAGAAGAAGCCCUGGAUGUUGAUGAUUUGGAAGCUGAUAAAAGACCAGAAGAUCUGAUGCUUAGUUAUGUCAGCGGUGAAAAGGGAAAAGAUAGAUCUGAUCGUGAACUUGUUACCCCCUGGUUUAAAUUUCUGUGGGAGACAUAUCGAACAGUACUUGAAAUACUAAGGAAUAACUCAAAGUUGGAGGCACUUUAUGCGAUGACAGCCCAUCGUGCCUUCCAGUUCUGUAAGGUGUACAAAAGAACAACAGAAUUUCGCAGAUUAUGUGAAAUUAUUAGAAAUCAUCUUGCUAAUCUCAACAAGUUUAGAGAUCAAAGGGAUCGGCCUGAUCUUUCUGCUCCAGAGAGCUUGCAAUUAUACCUUGACACAAGAAUUGAACAGCUGAAGGUUGCCACAGAGCUGGAGCUCUGGCAGGAAGCUUUUCGUUCUGUGGAGGAUAUUCAUGGUUUGAUGUGUAUGGUGAAGAAAACACCUAAACCAUCCUUGAUGGUGGUGUAUUACGUCAAAUUAACAGAGAUCUUUUGGAAAUCAGAUAGCAAUCUUUAUCAUGCUUAUGCAUGGCUUAAACUUUUCUCCAUUCAGAAAAGUUUCAACAAAAAUCUAAGCCAGAAGGAUUUGCAGCUUAUAGCUUCGUCGGUUCUUUUAGCAGCUCUUGCAGUGUCCCCCUAUGACUCUAAGCAUAGUGCUUCUCAUUUAGAACUUGAACAUGAGAAAGAGAGGAAUUUGAGGAUGGCUAAUCUUAUAGGGUUCAAUUUAGAUUCCAAACUUGAAAGUAGAGAUGUGCUUUCAAGGGCGAAUCUUCUUUCUGAACUGGUGUCUAAAGGAGUCCUGAGUUGCGCAAUUCAGGAAGUUAAAGAUCUCUAUCAUCUUUUGGAGCAUGAGUUCUUUUCUCUUGAUCUUGCAAUAAAGUUGCAACCCUUACUUGACAAAAUAUCGAAGCUUGGAGGUAAGCUUUCAUCUGCUUCAUCUGUCCCUGAAGUGCAAUUAUCCCAAUAUGUCCCGGCUCUUGAAAAGCUUGCUACCCUGAUGCUGCUUCAGCAGGUCUCCAAGGUGUAUCAAACUAUGAAAAUUGAGAGCUUAUUGCGGAUGAUCCCAUUUUUUGAUUUUUCUGCCGUGGAGAAAAUAUCAGUUGAUGCAGUUAAACAAAAUUUCAUUGCCCUGAAAGUUGAUCAUUCGAGGAACAUUGUGCUAUUUGGCGAUUUGGUUAUCGAAUCAGAUGAGCUUCGAGGCCACCUGACUGUUCUUGCUGAAUCCCUUAACAAAGCAAGAGCUAUGAUCUGUCCUCCAGUUAGGAAAGCCUCAAAAACAGGUGAUAUAUUGCCUGAUUUGGCCGAUAUUGUUGAUAAAGAGCACAGGAGGUUGCUUGCUCGGAAAUCAAUAAUUGAGAAAAGGAAGGAAGAGCAGGAACGUCAACUUUUGGAAAUGGAACGUGAGGAGGAAUCAAGAAGGUUAAAAUUACUAAAGAUAACUGAAGAAGCCGAGCAGAAGCGGCUUGCUGCAGAAUACGAACAAAGGAAAAACCAACGGCUUCGUAGGGAAAUAGAAGAGCGAGAACUUGAAGAAGCACAGGCUCUACUUCAAGAAGCUGAAAAGCGUGUUGGUAAAAAGAAGGGAAGCAGGAAACCGGUUCUUGAUUCAGAAAAAUUGUCGAAACAAACUUUAAUGCAAUUGGCCCUUACUGAACAAUUAAGGGAGAGGCAGGAAAUGGAGAAGAAAUUACAAAAGCUAGCUAAAACUAUGGAUUAUCUGGAAAGAGCAAAAAGAGAAGUGGUGGCACCAUUAAUUGAAGCUUCAUUUCAGCAACGUUUGCUGGAAGAGAGAAUGGUUCAUGAACGUAAUCAGCAGCUGGAGGUCGAGAUAAGCAAGCAGCGCCAUGAAGGUGACCUCAAGGAGAAGAAUCGAUUGGCGAGAAUGUCGGAGAGUAAGAAAAGUUUCCAAGGAAGAGUAAUUAGUCUUCGCCAAGAGGAAUUCAGCAGACGUAGAGCUGAGAGAGAAGAACAUAUCAGGCUAAUAAUUGAGGCUCGGAAAACAGAAAGGGAGGUUAAGAGGAAGAAAAUCUUUUAUGUAAGACGUGAAGAGGAGAGAAUUAGAAUAUUAGGUGAAGAGGAGGAAGCUCGCAAGCGUGAAGAGGCCGAGAGGAGAAAGAGGGAAGAAGCUGAACGCAAGGCUAAAUUGGAUGAAAUUGCAGAGAAGCAGAGACAGAGGGAGCGAGAAUUGGAAGAAAAAGAAAGAUUGAGGAAACAAAGUCUCUUCGGUGCUGCCAGAUCAGCUGAUGCACCUGCUAGACCUGACAUUGCUCCUGGCUCUCGACCUUUGGAGUCUGGGACUGCUGCUCCUGCCGCUGCUGCUGCUGCUGCCGCACCAUCCCCAGCAAAAUAUGUGCCAAAGUUUCGACGAACUGAAGGCUCCAGCCCUAAUGCACCACCACCUGAAUCUGAUCGAUGGGGAGGCAGCCGGGCUGAUAAUCGACCAUCUCAACCGGAUAGUUGGCGCAGUGAUGACCGUAGACCUGCGUUAGGAAGUUCAAGGACAUCGUGGUCCUCAUCCCGAGUUCGUCCAGACCGCUGAUUGUGGUAGCAGAUGUGGGAAAGUAUGAAUUUCUGGAAGUGAAAUUUUGGUUCAACGGGAAAUUAUAUCAUUUCAAAAUUGAGUUUUUGCUACUACUGAGAAGUUGAGGGAAGAAGCAGCAGGGAAUAGGUUGUAGUAUUUAUUAUUAUUGAAGGAGGCGUUCUUUUGUUUUCUAGUUAUAUGAAUAUACAUAUAUAUGGCAUGCUAGGCCACUAUUUUUAAGUAUAUUAUCAUGUCCUUGGUUGGUUCUCUUGGUUCAUCUUAAAUACUUAACUUAUUCAUCUUCAUUGCAGACGAGUCUAUCUAAGAGAAGCGCAACUUCUUGAUCAUCUCUUAAUUCAUGUGUACCACUAAUUGAUGGAAUCUUGGACCUCAUAGAAAGGAUUUGAGCAACGUUGGACUGGAAAUGGCUCUUGUGCAAAGACACAGUUCACACCCCUUUUUUUUGUUGCUGCUGCCGACCAACGAAAUUGCUUUUUUUAGUGGUGAUUGAGUUAUGCAUGACAAAUUCUUUUAGUCGUCUAACAUUUAAUAGCUGACAUAAAUUCUUUUUCCAACACUUCACUAUUAUAGAGACAUUUUGAGUGUUGAGUUUGUUAA